AGUGUCUGAAGCUUGUGGGUGUAGCAAGUGUUUAAAUACCAGACCUCCCUGUCAUCUGGUGAUUACAGACACCUGGACUGGGACACAAAGGACAAGAGCAUGGCCAGCCUGAAGACUCCACUCCUGGCUGCCCUUGUCUUUUUUGCUCUGACACUUCAAACAACUGAGGCGGGUCCUUAUGGCGCCAACGUGGAAGACAGCGUCUGUUGCCGGGAGUACUUCCGUCACCCUCUGCCUCUGCGCAUGAUCAGGUUUUUCUACUGGACUUCAGACUCGUGCCGGAGGCCUGGCGUGGUCUUCCUAACUGUCAAGGACCGGGAGAUCUGUGCUGACCCCAGAAUGCCCUGGGUGAAAAAGAUUCUCCAGAAACUGAGCGCAUGAGGAAGGGCCCUGCCCUGAGGACCGUGGCCUUGGCUCCUCCGGGAAGGCUCACAGAGCCCCACAUCCCCGCCAUCACAGCUGUCCCCCAACACAAGCCCGUGCCAACGAAUCUCUCCACCAUCUUUUAUCUCUGUCCCUGAAGCUGUCACACUCAGACGAGCCUCCACACUGUCCCUCAUCCCACCUCUUAUGCCUCCAACCCAUCCUCUACCCCACCACAGCCAGAGAGGCCACAGUCCUGCUCAGUUACUCCCUGGCUCAAAAACCCUCCCACGGCUCCCCAUUGCCCCAGGCUGUAGUGAAAGCUGGGGAGCCUGACACCUGUCUCCAGCCCUGCCUCACUUCCCUUCGCACAUGUUGGAUCCAGCUCCCUGUUUUCCAAACUCAUGCUGUACAUAUGCUGUCCAGGUCUUUCUCAAGGCUGCUCCCGAUGCCCAGAAUGUCUUCCCAUCACCUGUACCUAUCCAACCCUCCCGGCCCUCUGAGGCAUUGCACAGCCCAAGCAGCCAGAGAUUGAGUUUUGUUUUAGUUUUUGUUUUUUCAGAUGUCCCCUGACCCUCUGCCAUCUCUUAACAGCCCUGAUUGCAGUCUGCCCAGAAUUCUCAGGACUUGGGGGCUUGCCCUCCAGCCCCACUGGCUGGACCAAGGUCCCAUGCCUGAGUUACUUUGUCUCCUGGCCUCUAACACCGAGUGCAGAGCACAGGGCCUGGCUCUGAAUCAGGGCUCAACGAAUGGGUAUAGACUGAAUUAAUAAAAGUAAUGUUCCUCUCCCAGCUCCCAACUCCCACCUCCCAAAGACCCUCACACAUCAAUACAGAGACUCAAGUUCAUCUAGAAAGCAGCCAGCUGAGUCAAUUGGGAAGCCUCAAAUUUGCCCAGAUUCACUUUUCGUCCCCAUUUCAGUUUUGUGUUGGGUCUCUUUACUCUUCUUGUUUUCCUCUAGUCUUGAUUGCUCCUUGAACCUCCAAUACCCAGGCCUGAACUCUUCAGAGUCCCCCCACUUUCCCUCUCUUUUCCCUAAUAACCAGUAACUUAAUUUUCACUAUGGUGUGAAUGACUAUACUUGGCUUGGUAUUAACAAGCUCUAGCUAUAUUUCUAUAAGAAAAGAGGGCAAAUGUUUAAGGGGCCAACUGAAUGAAUGGAAGAAUUUUAGGAACUGUGUGGGAGGGGGACAAGGAGGAGCUUUUCUGGUCCGGGAGUGUGCAGGCAUAGUUAAAUGGAAGAGUCUUGGGUGAAGAUUGUUCUUGGGUGGCAGGGGUCAGCAUAAGGACUGGGAUUUGGGGUUUAUCUGCACUUUUUUGGGGACCACAGAUUCACCAGACAAAAGAAAGAAACUUUACACACAACUUGUUUCUUUCUGAGGUGGCCUGGGGCAGUGCAGGAGGGGGUCAUUGCUCUGGAAUUCUGAGACCGUUGAACCUCUCUGAGCCUCACUUAAAAAUGAGAAUACCAUUCUCUGUGGGGGCUGUGGGGUUAGGUCCAGGACACGGGAAAUAAAAUGCUAACCUACCCCCGGCCCAUGCAUAGUGCCCUCCAGCAUCCUGGGAUUUCCCCUCCCUUCCUGUCCUGACCUUGUCCCUCAGGCCUUCUGAAAAAAUAAAUCCUCUACAACAGUA